UCGUAGUUUUCGCCCGCGCUCAGCGCCUGGUUGUUCCUUGGCUGUGGCCACCUCGGAAAAGCCGGAGCCGAGUGGGUCGGGCCAGGCGUCGGGGUUCAGCUCCGGAGGCCGCGGGCUUGCAUCGCUGUAGCCGGCAGGAGACGCGGCGCCUCCAGACAGUGCCACCAUGGGGACUACGGCCCCAGGGCCCAUUCACCUGCUGGAUCUAUGUGACCAGAAACUCAUGGACUUUGUCUGCAACAUGGACAAUAAGGACUUGGUGUGGCUCAAGGAGAUUGAGGAGGAGGCUGAGCGCAUGUUCACCAGAGAAUUCAGCAGAGAGCCAGAGCUGAUGCCCAAAACUCCUUCUCAAAAGAACCGACGAAAGAAGAGACGGGUUUCUAAUAUUCAGGAUGAAAACAGAGACCCCAUCAGGAAAAGGUUAUCCCGCAGAAAGUCUCAGAGCAGUCAGCUGAACACCCGGCACCAGCGCAGCAAGGACAAAGUGGAGAAGCUGGCUACAGCUGCCGGGGAGAAUGGCUCCCCUGUGCUGCGCCGGGUAACCCGGGCUGCGGCUGCCGCUGCCGCAGCGUCUACAACAUCAGCUGCUUCCUUGCCCACUGCUGGGUCUCCCACAGGGCUGACCAAGAAGCCCAUAGUGGAGAUAGGCAUUAACGAGCGCCUGAGUGCUGAGCUGCACCUCUCUCAUCUCAUGGGUGCCCAGUCUCCUGGCCCAGUCCCAUCUCCAGCUUCCCAAGGCAUCCUGACAUCAGAGGAGGAAUCAACUCCCAAGAAGGCAGAGGCCAGGAGACUGGACUCUGUCACAGUGAGCUCCCUGACGGCUACCCCCCAGAACCCCGAGAACCGAGGGGUUGGGGCAGGGCGCUCUGCUUCCAAGCUCAAGAUUGCUCAGGCCUCCCAGGGACCACAGGACUUACCUGACUCUCCAGACUCUCCAUGGCAGGAGCGGGUACUUUCCCCCAUCCUGCCAAAUAACUUGCCCACCACAUCCAAGUCAGUGCGACGAAGCAUGAUUCCUCCAGGUCCCCAAGUGUCUCUAGCCCAGAAGUAUUCCUUAGUGACCAAACAGGAAACCACCAGUCGCAGGUCAAGCAGGAUUGCCAAGAAGGCUGGCAGAGAGCCAGAGGCUUCUGCCCGCAUCAUCUGUCACAGUUACCUAGAGAGGCUCCUGAAUGUUGAAGUGCCCCAGAAAGUUGGCCCUGAGCACAAGGAGCCCAGUGAGGAGGCUAAGCCUGAGGAGGCAGCUGACCUGGAGGUCUCCAAGAACACUGGGUGUAUCUUGCGCCCCCUCAGUACCACCAAGAUUGCUGUUAGUACACCCACUCUGAAGCCAGUGGCCAAUGGCCAGAAAAUAUCCUCUGAAGGUCAGCGAGAGGCCAAGAUUGACCAAACAGAUGGACACAGAGAACCACCCCAGAGUGUCAGGAGGAAACGCAGCUACAAGCAGGCAAUGAGUGAGCUGGAUGAGGAGCAUCCUGAUGAUGAGGAGCUGCAGCCCCCCCAGAACAAGACCCCUUCCCCACCCUGUCCAGCCAACAAGGUGGUACGGCCCCUCCGGACCUUCUUGCACACAGUGCAGAGGAACCAGAUGCUCAUGACCCCGACCUCGGCCUCCCGCAGCAGUGUCAUGAAGUCUUUCAUUAAGCGCAACACUCCCCUGCGCGUGGACCCUAAGUGCAGCUUUGUUGAGAAGGAGCGGCAGCGCCUGGAAAACCUGCGGCGGAAGGAAGAGGCCGAGCAGCUGCGCAGGCAGAAGGUGGAGGAGGACAAGCGCCGGCGGCUGGAGGAGGUGAAGCUGAAACGUGAAGAGCGCCUUCGCAAGGUGCUUCAGGCCCGUGAGCGGGUGGAGCAGAUGAAGGAGGAAAAGAAGAAGCAGAUUGAGCAGAAGUUUGCUCAGAUUGAUGAGAAGACUGAGAAGGCAAAGGAGGAGCGGCUGGCAGAGGAGAAGGCCAAGAAGAAAGCAGCGGCCAAGAAGAUGGAGGAGGUAGAGGCACGCAGGAAACAGGAGGAGGAGGCACGCAGGCUCAGGUGGCUCCAACAGGAGGAGGAAGAGCGGCGCCACCAAGAGAUGCUGCAGCGGAAGAAGGAGGAGGAGCAGGAACGGCAGCGGAAGGCCGAGGCUCGGCGGCUGGCGGAGCAGCGGGAGCAGGAGCAGAGGCUGGCUGAGCAGGAGCGCAGGCGGGAGCAGGAGCGCAGGCGGGAGCAGGAGCGGCUCCAGGCGGAGAGGGAGAUGCAGGAGAGGGAGAAAGCUCUGCGGUUACAGAAGGAGCGACUGCAGAAGGAGCUGGAGGAGAAGAAGAAGGAAGAACAGCAGCGUCUGGCUGAGCAGCGUCUGCAGGAAGAGCAGGAGAAGAAAUCCAAAGAGGCAGCAGCAGCCAACAAGGCCCUGAACGUGACUGUGGACGUGCAGUCUCCUGUUUGUACCUCAUAUCAAAUGACUCCACAAGGACCCAAAUCCCACCCCAAGAUCAAUCCAGAUAACUAUGGGAUGGAUCUAAACAGCGAUGACUCCACAGACGAUGAAGCCCAUCCCCGGAAGCCCAUCCCCUCCUGGGCCAGAGGCACCCAGCUCAGCCAGGCCAUUGUGCACCAGUACUACCACCCCCCGAGCCUUCCGGAGCUCUUCGGAACCAUUCUCCCCCUGGAUUUGGAGGACAUCUUCAAGAAAAGCAAGCCUCGCUACCACAAACGCACUAGCUCUGCUGUUUGGAACUCACCACCCCUGAAAACCACCAGGGUCCCCAGCAGCCUGGCCUAUAGCCUGAAGAGGCCUUGAGGCAGGCCCUCAGUCCCCUGAGCAGUCUUAGGGCCCAUCCAUGUCUGUCUGUCUGUCUGUCUGUCUAUCUCUUUCUGUGUUGGACUGGGGCCCUCCUGCCUGAUAUACCCUGCUGAGGGCUUGGUCAGGUGGAUACCAAUGUCCUCUGUGUGCCAGGCAUUUCUUUUGCAGGUGGAAGGUGGCCCCAGGCCUCUUUGGAGGAUGGGCUUGGUGGGUGGCUAGGGAAGGACUAGGUUCAGCCCUAACUGGCCUAUAGGCAGCACUCUGUAAAUAGAUUGUUAUAAUUCAGCUGAAUUUUAGUUUCUAGUGUUUUUGAGGUAGAUUAAUAAAGUGUAUUCCUUCAAGCCUGCUGUGAAGAUUGUGAAGACCAGGGGCUUCAACAGAAGGUUGGCCCUGCAGCAGUAUGCCUUGGGCCUCUGGAUGGGCGAGAGCGCCUUUCCUUUGCAGUGUGCCCCAAGAUCACUUGGUUAGGUCAGGUGGGGUCCCAGCCAGAGGAUCUGAUGCAGUGGGCGAUAUUGAUGACAGACAACUUCUGGGAAACACAUCAGCAUGUGUCAUGAUAGGGCAGGUGGAGAUGCUUCCUGUUUUGGGGUGUGUCCUGUUUGUAAAUGGAGCCUAUUCCUUGGGGGGGAAACUGGUCCUUGCCAUAGCUCUGCACUUAGUUCCUCAGCCUGACUACUCCUCAGGAUCCACCGUGCUUGGUGUGUGAGGAGUGGAAGAUCUUGAUAAAGUCCUUGUGCUGAAGUGUAGAUCUGCUUAGGACUAAGAUGACCUUGGGAUAACCUUGAGACCAGCGUUUAACAGCAGUGCAAGAUUUUCCCCACAAAAUCACCAGCCACUAAGUAAAUGCUUAGCACCAAUGAAUGGUGGGCCUGGUCCUGCCUCCUAACUCCCACUGCUCUUGCUCCUAGAAUUGGGAUCAGCUACUUGUCAUCCACAGCCAAGUCAAGUUACAGGUUUUUGGAUAUAGCUAAUAGGCUCAUUUGUUUACUCUUUCUCUCUAGAGGGCAGUUAAGUUGCACAGCAGACUUCCUGUGGCCUGAGAAGCUGAACAGUUUACUAUGAGAACCUGUGCAGAAAACAUUCACUAACUGCUUUAGGACAAAAUAAAUUCCAAAUGCAAAUAUGAGUGCUUUAAAAAAUGAGGAAAUAGUGAUUACAGUAGACUGAAGUCUAGAAGAUUCUUCCCGUGCAGAAUUCAUUUAUGGUUCAUUGAAACGUGCACAGUUCAGUUUCUUCUGUAUGUUCUGACUGGUAACUGCUGAGCAAACGAGAAAGUGCAUCUCCAUCUGAAACCACAAGAUGAAACUCAUUUGUAAGCACAUGUAAACAACAUGCUUCCAAAAGUGCAGCGGAACUUCAGUGCCCUUUGUGCUGUCUUUGCCAGCGUUUGGUAUUGUCAGUAUUUCGUGCUAUAGCCAUUCUGAUGGCCGUAUAGUAAUUCAUCAUGGUUUUUUAAUUUGUUUUCCUAAUGGUUGUUGGUGACUUAUCACUUCAGAUUCUUAUUUACCAUCUGUUCUAUCCAUUUUUGGUGGAGUCUGUUCACGUCCUUUGUAAGUUUUUAAGUUGGGCUACUUCUUCCUGUGGAGUUGAAUCCUUCUAUGUUAUGAAUACAAUCUUUGUCAGAUAUGUGCUUUGUGGUGUUUUCCCCCAGUCAGUAGCCUGUCUUCAUUAUCCCAACACUUUAAAGAGCACAACUUCUAAUUUGGUGAAGUCCAUUUAUUACUUUAUGGGUUAUACCUUUUUUGUGUUAUGUCUGAGAAGUCUUGUCUAACCCCAGGAUCCAAAGAUUUUCUUCUGUUUUCUUCUAAACUAUUCCAUUGUUUUACACAUUGCAUUUAGAUUUAUGAUCAUUUCCAGUUAACCUUUUAAAAAUCUGAGGUAUGUGCUUUUGCUUGUAUUUGGGGGCAUACAGGUGGAUGGGUGUCCAGCUGUUGUGGCAGACUAUUCUUUCUUACUGAGUUUAUUUUGCAUCUUUAUCAUGAGUCAGCCACCCCAGAUUUCCUGCUUUCCAGUAGUCUGUGACCUUUUUUUUUUCACCCAUAUUCCCAUGGUCAAGAUGCCCAGUACUUACAAGUCUUAAAAUCUGCUGAUUUCACUCUUAAGCAGCUUUAUAUUUCCUUUCAAAAUUAUUCUGACUUGUGUGAAUGGUACCUUUUUAGAGUAAAUUUUAGAGUCA